AUGAAGAGUGUUGCUCUGGGCCGCAAUCCUCUUGUCUUCAUCUUCAGUGCUGGCCAUGUCCACUUGUGUCCCCACUGCUCUGAGCCACGCUGGGCUUGUGCAGAGCUGUUCAGGGUCCAUGAGUCCAAGACUUUCGAGGAGGUGAGACACAGACUACAGAGAUUAAGUCGCAGCAGCCUCAAGUAGGAAGAAAAACUGUCCAGAGCCAUAGUGGCCUCGGCAGCUGCGCUAGUGAGGAAGCUGUGUGCGGCUCAGCCUACCAGCUUUGAGCCACUGCUGCCGUCUCCAGGGGCCAGCCCAGGUGCCUUCCUUGGCAUCUCAGCUCUGGCACACCUCUGUGCCACUCUGGAAGACUGCCAACAGCUACCUGGAGUUGGCUCCCUUGUGAAGAUUCUGGACGAGGCUUUGGGAGUGAACGGCAGCUUCCCAGAGCCUGUGAAUGCUGGUCAAGUGAGCGUCAUCCUUGGACAGGUGGGUGGGGCGGGGGCCUCUUCCGGCCUCACAGUCUCACGCCUGUUGAGCACCUGAGCAUCUCUGAGGGGCGUCUCUGCGGAGAUCAGGCUGGUGGCUAUCCAGGCCUUCUGGAGGAUCCCUUGCUCUGCAGAUUUAAGUUUUUGUAGGUCAGGGCUUUCUCACCUGUACCAAGCUCCCGAGGAGGACAUAGAGCUCCGUAUCAAUGCCUUCCUGACUCUGAUGAGGUGCCCCAGUGAGGUGUUUGCCCAGGUGCGGCACACACAGUCAACAAAGCAGUCCACCCAGGUGGGCUCCUUCGUCUGGAGCCACAGCUUACAGCUGCUGGAGACGGAUGACCCCCUGAAACAUGACCUUUGGGAGUCCCUCCCCAAGGACAUCCGUCAACAGUUCCAGAUGGAGACCUGGAAACACUCGUCUUAUUCUGAUGUCACCUUCCAUUCAAGCACAGCUCACCUGGGGCCACAAGGCCUAGGGACCCCAGAGCUCCAAUCUCCAAGAACACAGGGCCUAAGGAAACUCUUUCCUUUGCCCGGCUCUUUCCUCCCUUGUUCUGCCAUGGUUAUCUUCACUGUCCAUGCUGUUGUCUGGACCUUCAACCUGCUGGAGCUGGGACUCCAGCUGAAAAAUGCUGAAGACAUCAUCCGCAGUCUGCUGGGCCCCAAAUCCUUCUGGAGGCAGGAAGAGGGAAGAAAGGCUGAGCCAGAGAACACUUCAGGGGACACACUGGAUGAUGUGUCCCUGGUUGUGGGAGACAUCUACUGUCCCCAUCUGCCCAGCUCGCCUUUGAUCAAUAAGCAGAUCACAUUCUACUCCUGGGCAGGAGGUCAGGUGACCCCGAGGCUGAGUCUGGCUCCCACAAUGUCUGGCAUUCCAGCCAGGCUCACCCUACAUGCCUUGGCUACUGUCAGAAUCCAUGCCCAAGGGGCAGCUGACUUCCAGCAGCUUUCGGAUGGCUCCCUGAGGAGUUCUGUCAAGUCCAGGAAACAGACUUCUCCAAGCUGGGGUCUUCGCCGAUCCCGAGCCUUGGGUCGGCAGCUGUGUACUAACGUGACCUGGCCAAGGCCUGGUCAGCCCUUCCUGCUCUCGGCACCUGUGCGGGGACUGAUUCUGCAGAAGUAGGAAACGGGACUUCAGCUGUACCUGCUGCACAUCAGGACCGAGGACUUGGCCACAGAGACACAGAAGGACAGCUGGCUCCCCGAAGAAGCCACCGCCCACAUCUUCAUGGGUACACCCCAGUCAGAAGUGGCCAGGGACGUUGGGGUGAAUGUCAGCAAGAGUGUGCCCCAAAGGAAGUGCUGGCUCAAGCGGCACCCCCAAAAGAAAAUUCACCUGGAUGAUGAGGUGCCUCUCACCUCUGACCUCACCCCCUCCACUACCUCCGACCUCACCCCCUCCUCUACCUCCGACCUCACCCCCUCCUCUACCUCCAACCUCACCCCCUCCACUACCUCUGACCUCACCCCCUCCACUACCUUUGACCUCACCCCUCCACUACCUCUGACCUCACCCCCUCCACUACCUCUGACCCGCACUCUUUCCACCACCCGCCUUUACCUCUUGAGUGCCCAGGAAGUUCGUCUUCCUCCAACCCCAGGCAUUCAGGCUAAGACUCCUCAUUCUCAGUCCUGGAGCCCUGAGUCCUCGGUGCCAGCGUGGAAAAGCCCCGUGGGCUCCCAGAGUGCCUUGUGCAACGCUCACACCUCUGAUGCAUUGCAGUCUAGAGUGACAGAGACAGACAAGAAGAUUCAGCAGUUUGAGGCCCAGGUGGAGGCAAAGCUGGAGACAGCAGGCAGACCUAUAGUCCCUGAUGGGAACAUCCGGCGGCAGUUGGGCAGCAGGCUGUCCAUCUCUGCAUCUCUGAGGCGCAUGCUAAAUGAUGAGCUCACCUCAGCCUCCUUCGCACUAAGGGUGUUGCUGGAGAAGAAGGAAGAGGCUGGGCUGCAGUCAGCCAUCCUGGGUGUCCAGCUGCAGGUUCCCAGUGUGACAGAGCUCCACAUAUAGGGCCUGCUGGAGCAGCAUGGCUCUGUGGGAAGCGACACCCUGAGGAUCAAGUACGGCCUCCUGGGUACAGUCCAGCUGCAGCACAAACAGGGCCUGGGGCGCCUAUGCUGGCAGUUGGAGGCCAGCUACGGGGAGCUGAGAGGCAACAGGGGAUUCCUGCACAUCAGCCUGACCUUCAAGAAUGACUCAGGACUAGCACUUCGCAAUUACUUCCUGGAGCUUGUACUGCAGGCCCCAGAGAGGUGGGUGGGCUGCCUCUCACAGAUGCAUCACUUGAGCCUCCAGCAGCCCUAUGUCAAAAGCAGCACAUACCUCAAAGUGAAGCUAUUCAAUGGGCAGCUGCCCUUCCUGGUAGGCUUGCACUGGAAGGACACAGCUAGGGCCACCCUGUUUCUCCUAGAAUGCACCUUCUACCUGGAACACCUUUUCAUCUGUGUGCUAGCCUCACUCAAGGACAGCACAUGGCUCACAGUGUCUGCAGCUCAUUGGCUCUACUGGCCACAUUGGGUCACAUUCCAGGUUGUCUCAGAGCUGACGCUGGCCAAGGCCUGGACCCUCAAAGAUCUGGUGGUCAGCAUGACCUGCCGUGCCGCAGACAAUUCUGCUCCGAGCCCUCUCUGGAGCAAUGCAGGACCAGGGAGAGUCCAGCCCACUUCAGCCUUUGUGGGCAACACAGUCCCCUCUGGGGCAGCACAGUCCCCUCUGGGGCAGCACAGUCCCCUCUGGGGCAGCACAGUUUCCAUGGUGACAACCUUGAUGCCAGGCCUCUUCCACAGCAGGAGAGAGCUUGAGUCAGCCUGGAGUGCAGCUGUGCCCAGUGAGGUACGUGUGGAGAACAGUCAGGACAGGAGGAAGGUCCUGCACUGCUUGAUGAGCCUCCGAGGGGAACUCAGCCUCACAGCAGCCUACCAACAGACAAAGAAGGCUAAGAACAGGGAGAUCAAGGCUACGUUAGAAGUCAACCAGAAAGUCAUUCUGCAUCAAGGUUUCCACCGGGGCAGCUCUCAGGGUGGAGGGAUCCGGCAUACCGGCCCCGUCCACACCCGCACCGCGGCCCAGAGCGGCCCCGUCCACACCCGCACCGCGGCCCAGAGCGGCCCCGUCCACACCCUCACCGCGGCCCAGAGCGGCCCCGUCCACACCCUCACCGCGGCCCAGAGCGGCCCCGUCCACACCCUCACCGCGGCCCAGAGCGGCCCCGUCCACACCCUCACCGCGGCCCAGAGCGGCCCCGUCCACACCCGCACCGCCAGGCCUUUCAUUUUACCAGCUGGGAAAUGGAGUGGCAUCACCAACCCAGCAGAGCAGUGUGAGGUUCAGGUGCAGGCUGCCACAGUGUGUCACAAGAGAGGCAGAGUGGAUGUGUCACUGUGUGUGUGUGUGUCUAGCCAUGAGUUGCUUCUGCUGGGGGUGGACACAAGCAAGAGCACAAGGAGGAGCCACUGGGGCUGGAACAUGAGGGUCUCCCUCCAUCAGGCCCUCAGCACCCCCAGAGUCCUUCAGCUACAACUGUCCUCCAUAGUCACCCCAGCAAGGGUACCGCUGUUUUCCAAGGUGCUGCGGGAUCCGGGCCCAGCACAGCUGCUCCUCAGGACAUCUGAGGGGAGAUGGCGAGGCUGGGUCCUCAGCCUGUGGGGCCUUGUCCUGAGCCUCAGGCGGGAUAAGCACGAGGAGACAGAGGACAGCGGUUUGCACAGCGUGACCUACCUCACCCAGAACUGCAGCCAGGCCUUAGCCACAGAGCUCCGGCUGGGGACAGUGGCAGACCUACACAGGAGUCUUCUCCGCUGCAUAUCCAUUAACUGCUCUGUAAAUUGGGCCCACAUUGGCCAUCUGGAGCUAUGGGCCCACAGCCAACAUGACAGUGAGGCCUUGCUGUAGGCUGGGGUCCCAGAUGAGGCCAUCCUGCAAGCUGAACUACGGUUAUUAUACACAACAGUGAGUACCAGCCACAUGGUGCAUGCUGUCCAGAGACUGGGCCUGCCCUUCAGCAGCCAAUUACUAUUCCAAGAACUCUGGACCUUGGAAGACAUGAAUUCAUCCCUUCAAGUCACUUGCGACACCCAAGAUCUCCUGUUCCUCCAUGUCCGUGGCCAGAUCCAGUUCUGGGGAUGUCCAGGAGGAGGGGAACUGGAGCCAGCUGGCAGCUGGACACUGCUGGGCACCAAUGAGACAUGGAAAAAAAAAAUCACCUUAUGGGUCUGGCUAAGACUCUUUAAGACUGCUGUUCUGGAUACUUCUGCCUCCAAUGCUAUGAAGACCUGGCUCCGGUACUCCAAGGAUGAGACCCAAAGCACUGCUGUCCUAGGGAUGGAGGAGCGCCGUUCCCAUGUCAGUGCCAGCCUGCGGGCUGCUAAGGACAGCCUAGACAAUGCUAUUCAGCUGCAACUGACCUUCCUCCAGCACCCUUCACGCAGAGCUGACCCUGAGGACUGUGUUCCAGAGAGCCUGUCUGGCACCAGGCUGUGCAGUGGGAUGGCAGGGAACUGGCCCUCAUUGGAAGCCUCUCCAGGCCCGUCUCAGAGCCUGGGGACUCAGGAGAUUCAGCAAUCAAGGGACAGAGGCUCACCUGUGACUCUGGAGGUUACCUGGGCUAACAGGUCCUCUACACACAGUGUGGCCUGGGAUGGCUGCUUGACUGCCUCCUAACUGCUCAAGGGAACUUGGGCCCUGGGCCCGCUGCAGGCCUGUGUGGCCCUGACUCAGAUCCGGUCUCUCUCCUGGGGCCAACACCAGCCGCAGCAGAAUGUGACAUUCCAGAAGCAUCAGCUGCCCCAAUGGGACAAGGUCCACACACAGGCCACACUAGAGGACAUCCUCACGGGCCCCUGUGUCCAGCACAGCUUCCAGGGCACAGUGGAGACUGACCACACACAGUUAAGCUUCACCCUUCAUCUGGGGCUUUGCAGCUUGCCCAGGGUCCUCUCAUUCUCCCGGGAGCACAGUCUGGACCAGGGUGCACUACUGUUGCGUUCUCAAUACCAGCUGGGUCUUCCUCCAGACCAUGACCAGGGCCUGCACUUUAGCCUCACCCCCUACAACCACAGCAGAACUAAUGCACCUGACUUCUCUGUGCAGGUGGAGCUUCAAGGCUCCAGGGCUCAGCAGCUCCUCCUGCUGGGCAGCAUCUCUACCUCAGCUUCCCAAAGCCUGGUCCUGCUGGAGGGCAGCAUGGAUAAGGAUGAGAAACUAAGGCUGUUUGUGUUGUGGGCCCUGAGCUGUCUUCAGACUUCUGCCGCCCACAUGGAAGUCCAGGAUGACAGUUCCCGGGUGCAAGCCCAGCUGGAAGAGAGGACCACAUGCCUGGGUUACUAUGUGAGAUCAGAACCUGAGCCCCUGGUCACACUAAAGGAGGCCUACUCAGAGGUGAUGCUGCAGUUGCUGGAUGAGGUGUGGUGAGAGGGGGCUAAAGAAGCCAGGCAGUGGCUAUAGGCUUGGCUGCUCAGGCUGCCCUGGAGCUGGUGAGGGUGUGGUGGCUCUGAUGGUUGUCCCUGCCCUACCCAGGCCACCCACCAUACACUGUCCUGGGCUGAGGUUUCCUGGGCCCUGAGGCAACUCUGCAAAUCCUUAUGGAGCAUGUACUCAUACCAGGAACCUGGUGACUUUGAUGGGCUGGUAUGGGGCCUGGGUCCCUGCUGCAGCAGCUUCCUGCCAGCCAAGGACUUCACUCCCCAAACGUUCUCUCUGAUGCUGAGCUGCACAGGCUUGGGGUUCAUGGCCCUUCAAGUGGAGAUGAACCACACAACCCUCAUUCUGUAUCCCAAGGUGCGUGCUUACAAGCUGUACAACACUGUCAGGCCUCGGGACAGCUGCUGGGAUAUAGACCUGCCUCCUACUAUGCUGAACACUGGGUCCCAGGUUAAGCUGAGCCGUGAGGAUGAUGUGUCUGUCUCUUAUGAUGUACCAGGCCUCUGCAGCCUGACGCUGGGCCUGAGCACCACGGUGGGUACAUCUGCUGGCCUUCUGGGUACCAACAAUAAAGAAGCAGAUGAUGAGCUAAUGCUGCCAGAUGGCACGGAAGCUGCCGGCCUGGAGGAGCUCGCCCGGGCCUGGCAGGUAAACUGUGGGAAUACCCUUCCCCUAGACUCAGUGGAGGACGGGUGCCUGGUGAUGGGCAGGCACGGUGAUGGGCAGGCUCGGUGA